AUGGUUCACAUUUGCCGUGACACCUCGCGCCGCGACCUCCGCCACGACCACCCCUUCGCGCCGCGACCUCCGCCACGACCACCCCUUCGCGCCGCGACCUCCGCCACGACCACCCCUUCGCGCCGCGACCUCCGCCACGACCACCCCUUCGCGCCGCGACCUCCGCCACGACCACCCCUUCGCGCCGCGACCUCCGCCACGACCACCCCUUCGCGCCGCGACCUCCGCCACGACCACCCCUUCGCGCCGCGACCUCCGCCACGACCACCCCUUCGCGCCGCGACCUCCGCCACGACCACCCCUUCGCGCCGCGACCUCCGCCACGACCACCCCUUCGCGCCGCGACCUCCGCCACGACCACCCCUUCGCGCCGCGACCCCCGCCACGCCCCCCCCUUCGCGCCGCGACCUCCGCCACGACCACCCCUUCGCGCCGCGACCUCCGCCACGACCACCCCUUCGCGCCGCGACCUCCGCCACGACCACCGCCUCGCGCCUCGACCACCACUCGCGCCACGACCACCGCCUCGCGCCGCGACCUCCGCCACGACCACCGCCUCGCGCCACGACCACCACUCGCGCCACGACCACCGCCUCGCGCCACGACCACCACUCGCGCCACGACCACCGCCUCGCGCCACGACCACCGCCUCGCGCCACGACCACCGCCUCGCGCCAUGACCUCCACCUCGCGCCACGACCACCGCCUCGCGCCACGACCACCACUCGCGCCAUGACCUCCACCUCGCGCCAUGACCUCCACCUCGCACCACGACCACCUCUUCAAACCAUGACCACCACUUCGCGAUGA